ACUCCCGCUACCAUUUUCACACAUUGCAGAGGCGCGGAAGUUGGUUUACGUGGAAUGUUGGGGGAAUGCGGUAUGCUGGAACGAGACAAAAGGGGGCUUCGGAAAUACGCUGUGACUCUCUGCAAAGAGAUGGUGGUGGACGAGCUGUUCAUUCAGUCGCUGCAGACAGACGACAUUCUCACCGACAGCAUGGCAGAAGGCAUCCUGGCGGAGCCGACCUCCCACAAGCGGAGCUGGCGUCUGCUGUCCCUGCUCCCCAAGCGUGGUCCCAGAGCCUUCAGCAGCUUCUGCUCAGCACUGAGAGACACAGAGCAGCAGCACCUAUGUGCCCUGCUCACAGAGUCACCAGAGAGGGACGGAGAGAGACAGUGUCCCCAGACAGCUAGGGCGAAAGACAGGGCUGAGGGGGUGAGUUCCACAAAAUACCCAAUCCAAGCUUCAGACCGCUACGCCCCAUUCACAAAGACCCCAGUCAAAGACAGUGAGGAAGAGGGGGAUGAAGAGAAAGAGAGAUAUGUGGACUCUCCCCUCCCACUGCCCACCCAGGAGGGGAUGGUUCCAGCCAAGAGARCCAGAACACAAGAGUCAAUGGAGAUGUGUCUGGAUGCAGACAGUCCCAUCACCAGCCCUGUUCUUCCCUGUACACCAGACUUCUACCUAAAACACUGCCAACAGUCCUAUAGUAUGGUGUCCAGUCCUCGUGGCCUGGCCUUGGUGAUCAGUAACGUCUCCUUUGACCCCUGUGCUGCUCCUGACCUGGACUCCAGGAAGGGAGGGGAGGUGGACGAGGAGGUCCUCAGGAAGGUGUUCACUGAGCUGGACUACAUAGUCACUGUCCGGAGAGACCUCACAGCUCAGGGCAUGCGGGCGUGCAUUGAGCAGUUUGGCAGACGGCAGCAGCACCAGACCGUAUCCAGCUGUGUGGUGUGUCUGCUGUCCCAUGGAGUAGAGGGGGCUAUCUACGGUACAGACGGACAGCUACUGGAGUUGGACUGGGUGUUUGAGGCGUUUGACAACGCCCACUGUCCUCUACUGCAGAAUAAACCCAAGAUGUUCUUCAUCCAGGCCUGCAGAGGAGAGGAGAUGGACUGUGGGGGGCAGUCAGAUGGGCCAGAGAACCAGUCUCCUGGCUGUGAACAGAGGGAUGCAGGGAGGGAGGGAGAGGGGGAUGGAGACACAAGGCAGACGGAGGAGAGAGGCAGGCUCAGAGUCAAACUGCCCCAGCGCCGACAUGAUCUGUGGCUUCGCUCCCUCAAAGGCACUGCAGCCAUGAGGAACACCAAGAGAGGAUCCUGGUUCAUCCAAGAGGUCAACUCAGCACUCCGCUUCAGAGCCAGAGACACACACCUAUCAGAUAUACUGGUGCAGGUGAAUGGUCGUAUUAAAGACAGAGAAGGCUAUGCUCCUGGCACCCCCCACCAUCGCUGUAAGGAGAUGUCUGAAUUCACCAGCUCCCUCUGCAAAGACCUCUACCUGUUCCCCAAGUACCACCCUCAGUACUGACACGCACACAUUUCUGCACCCCUACAGCACCACACCCACUACUGACACACACACAUACUGUUACACACAAUCAUAGAGGAUUAAUUCAUUCACAUU